UUGGCGGUGCUGCUGCUCCAAAGCAAAGAAUCCUCCUAGAAGAGAAAAAGGAGAGCUUUCGUGCCUCCUUGGCUCCUUGCUUGCUUUAUUCUCUCCCUCCCCGUCACCUGUUCCCCCUGGCCAUUCCUUCCCCAUCCCGUCACCUCUUGCUGCAUUCGUGCGAGACGUUUGAAGGAUUCUGGCUCUUGCUGCCGUCUCUCGUCUAGCUGCGGCAGGAGCGUCUUCAUUUCCCAGCUAGGCUUUUGCCUCAGGACUGAACUCAAGGCGAUAAAUAUGGCUUUCGAUCUGAACCAUCUUCUAUCGCACAUCAAGACAACAGUGUAUUCUUCUAUCAGACUUGUCUAUCAAUCUGCUUGUGAUUAUCCAAUGCUUGGCGCUGGCAUUUUGCUGCUAUUCCUGCACAAACUUUGCCCUUCUCUAAUCGCUUUCCUGCUGUCUUCCUCCCCGGUCUUCCUGUUAACUGCACUUUUUCUUGGAGCACUUUUGCGUUAUGGGGAACCAGGUGCACCAGUGAUUGGAGAGGAAACAUUGGAGAACCAACACACUUUGUCCCCUAAUUCCGAAAUUUCCAUUAUUGACUGUUCAGUUGAGGAGAUUGAGAAUGUUGAUGUCAAGGCUCACCCAGCGAAGAGAUUUGAAAGUCAAGCUAUAUACACUGAGGAGAGAACUUCUGAUUGUAUUUUGCAUUUUACUCACUGUGAUAAUGAAAAUGUCACGUGUGUGUCAGCCGAUGCUGUUUGUGCAGAAUCUUCUGAAUUUGCCAAGAGCAACGUCAUUGUGGACAAGGAAGAGGGUGUCAAAGAAAGCUACGAGAAGGUUGAGCUGCAAGAAUCUGACAACACCAAUUCUGAGAGGGGUCACGAUGGAGUGAAAAAUCAGUAUCAGUUUGGUGAACUCAUGAGCUCAUGUUGGCAACCUGUAAUGAGGCAGGAUCCUUGUUCUGAUUCUGAAUCUGAUCUUACCGAGAGUUCUUCUGAUGCAUCAAUCACUGACAUUAUUCCGAUGCUCGAUGAGUUGAAACCACCUGCAAACUUGGGGACUGGUCACCGUUCCUCAACCUUCAGAGAAAACUUGAAUUCUUCAUCAGAUGGUGACGAAGAUGACUCUGAAGAUGGUGACCUUAGCUCAAAUGAAGAUGGGGCAGAAGAGAAGAAAGAUGACGGAAAUAACUGGAAGGAUAUUGCCGUUCUAAGCUCUUCUGAUUUGGAAAAGAAUAGUAACUUUGAGAGUUUGAUGGAGCGGCGAAGAGCGAAGAAUAUUCUGAAGUUUGAACUCGACAAGGGGUUAAUGGACAUGCAAGCCGCUGAUGCAAUUCAGAAAAUGGAGGAGGUCUCGCGCUUCCAUGUCCAGGUUCCCUCCAUUUCCACACCAAGGUGUAAUCCGUUUGAUCCUUCAAAAUGUUCAGAGAAAACAGUAGAGUUACCACAGAUUCCUGAUUCAGCACCAUCUGUUCUCCUUCCCUGGAGAAAACCAUUUGAUAUUCCAUUCGACCAAAUUGUGGACCAUGACAGGCAAUUGCGGGAAACUUGGACUCCUCGCUUGUACUUUCCAUCAACUCAGCAUAGAAAGCAUGGGAACUUAUAUGUACGGCAGUCUACUUAUCUGCAACAUCACAUUGGCAUAAAGCCAGAAAAGCCUGAACUUAGUGGAAAAGAUGCUUGUGAUAGUCACUCAGACAGCGAUUCUGAGCGAGCAGGGAACAAUGGCAAGUUGUUCGGUUCAAUGGAAGCACAUAUAGGUGAAGAGAUAAAAAUAGUAAGCGCGGCAAUUUCAGAUGCAUGUGUGUUGGAAGUAAAUUAUGGAAUUAAUGAAGGCACUAAAAACACUGAUUCUAGCGAUGAAACGGCUUCAUUUUAUGUCCAGAAAUCCAUACCUAGCGCUUCAGAAACAAAGGAUUCAGUUUGUGCAGGUAUUGAGAAAUGGGCAUUGCCUAUCCAAAGAAAAUAAUUCUGAGCAAAACAGGUGGACAUGCUAGAAAACUUGGAGGUUCUUAUGUAUUACAUCAAUUCGAUGGCUAUUCUUUUAUGGAAAAAGUCUAUUGUACUACACCGAACAACUCACUUUGUCCGUUUGACUCCCUUAACAAAAUCUUGGCUGGU